AAAAGAGAGGCGGGAACUUAAAAGGCAAUCGGGGAACCGAUCUGUGUCUAUUUAUGCGAAAUUCUCUUAUCUAUUUUUUUUUGUCGUUCUUUCUUUCUUUUUUUAUUCUUUUUAUAGAAGACGAAUGAACAAUAGAAAUAUAAUUCUUGCUGCUUCAUUUUUAACGGCGCUUCUUGUAGCCAAUGUAUCAGGGCCGCAAUAUGUCUACCCUACCUUUGGCCCGUCUUUAGCAAACCGUUUUCACUGGAGUUCGAUCGAAAACAGUGUCGUGGGUACAUCUGUGUUUGUUGGCGUAUCGUUCUCAGGGCCAUUAUGUGCCUAUUUAGUGGAGAAUUAUGGGUUCAGAAUAACUUUGGCUAUUUCAGCCCUUAUUACUUCAAUUUGCACUUUUCUUUUGGCUGCUACUUACCAAGAUCGAUUACCAAGCAGCUACUUACUGUGUGCGUUUUAUUUGAUCUGCAUGGGCGCUGCUAGUGCUGCUGCAUACAUCUGUACCUUAGACUCACAAGCAUACAAUUUUAAAUUGUAUCGGGGCAUGAGCAUGGGACUAACAAGUGCUUCAUUGGGCAUCAGUGGACUUGUUUUCUCACAAAUCAACGAUAAAUUAUUUAAACCCAAAGGAGAUCAGGAUGGACAUGACAACAGCACCUUUGAAUUCCUCAUCUUUUUUGGCUGCACAGCGGCCGCCGUGACCUUUUUAGGGUCAUUUAUCCUGGGUCCCAUUGAACACACAAAGCAUAAAUUGCCCUUGACGGAGCAACAACCUCUUGUGGCUUCCAACUCAGCCAAUUAUGCAUCAACAGCAGAUAGCGUUUACAGUUUUAGCACGUCAUCUACUCAAUAUGAGGAAGAAGCGCAGGACGCUAAAGGUGUGCCGUCUAAGAAUGUUAUUAAUUAUCCAAAGAAUAUUCAAAUUGACGAUGAGGAGAUCAACCUGUCCGGUCUCAUUGUCUUUCUAGAUCCCAUCGGAUUCUCAUUAUGUCUUUCUCUUUUGAUCAUCUUGGGCCUGGGCUACGUCUAUCUAACAAACAUUGGCGGUCUACUCAUCUCACUCUCAGCAGAUCAUCUCACGCCCAAUGAAGCACAACAUCUUCGUAAUUUGCACAUUUCCAUAUUUAGCGUGUCUAAUUGUGUCUCAAGAGCCGUGUUCGGCACACUCAGUGACGUAUUUCAAAGAAGAAUAGGUAUCCACAGGAUGUGGUUCAUCUGGUUUGCUGCUGUUGGUCUUAUGACCAGUAUGGUCUCCCUUCCUAUAUCCGUAUCAAGUGACAAAGAUUUGAUGACAUACAGUGUUGCCAUUGCCAUUGUUUACGGUAUCGUCUUUGCCAUUGCGCCAGCUAUCAUUAGUGAAUUUGGUAUAAAGACUUUUGCUAGAAAUUGGGGAUGGAUGUUGUGUGCUCCAGCCAUUGGCAGCCAAUUGUUUAACCUUGUAUUUGGUAUUGUCUAUGACCGUGAAUUGAGUCGCCAGGGUGGACAGGUGUGUCACGGCAUGGCCUGCUUUAGGAAUACGUUCAUUACAGGCGCCAUUGCUGCAGGCCUUUGCCUGUUUAUCAUUACAUCAGCUAUUUAUAGAAAAGGCAUUUACCGAUUCCAGUCUACUUCCAACUAG